UCAAAGGGUCUGCGCGCUGCCCCUCAACCCCACCAUUUACUUGCACGACCGAGAACCUGCAGAUCUUCCUUAGUCUCUCACUCACCGGUCGUUCUCCAGCUUCGUUUCCAUUGUUGACAUUGACAUUAACAUCGACCCUCCUCUCCAUCACUCGUUGAACCUCACCCAUCAAAUCUUCUCCUUCAAUCAAAUCUGACACGAUGAAAGCGGUAGUGUGUGGAGCAUCCGGUGGCAUUGGCCAACCGCUGUCCCUCCUCCUCAAGGCCUGCCCGCUCGUCGACAAGCUCGCCCUCUACGAUGUCGUGAACACCCCAGGCGUCACCGCCGAUCUCUCCCACAUCUCCUCCAUCGCCCAGAUCGAGGGUUACCUCCCCGCCGACGAUGGCAUGAAGAAGGCUCUUACCGGCGCGGACAUCGUAGUCAUCCCGGCCGGCAUCCCUCAUCAACGCCGGCAUCGUACAGGGUCUCAUCCAAGGCUGCGCCGAGAACUGCCCGGACGCCUACAUCCUCGUCAUCUCCAACCCGGUCAACUCCACCGUCCCCAUUGCCGCCGAGGUGCUGAAGAAGGCCGGCAAGUUCAACCCGAAGAAGCUGUUCGGUGUCACCACUCUUGACGUCGUCCGCGCCGAGACGUUCGUGCAGAGCCUCACGGGCGAGAAGGACCCCAGCAAGACGAAGAUCCCCGUCAUUGGUGGCCACUCCGGCGAGACCAUUGUGCCGCUGUUCUCGCAG